AUGUCAACACCUUUAAGAGGAUCAUCUCCUCAAGUUUCAUUUUAUGAAUCUGAACUUGAUCAAGAAGGAGGCAGUGAUGCCUCACACUUUACUUAUAGAAAUUAUAUGGAAGAUGAUAAAAUUAAUUCAUUUACAUUUAAUAUGGCAAGAAAAGAUCAAACUCAACUCUUUCAAAGAAUUAUUUUAACAAAUGAGAGUGAAAGUGAGAUUGAAGAGUAUGCAGAAGUAGCAGAACAAUUAUUAGAUGCAAUUAAUCUUAGGGAAAAAUAUGUUUUCCAUCCAAAGAUUUGGAAAGCCGAUGCACCAGUCGGAGAAAAGCCACCCUAUUCACCAUUCGAAUCCGAUGAAAGUACCAAUUGUGCCACAGAGCAUAUGUUUAAAGAGGUUAAUGGUGUUUAUUUCGUGUAUUCCAAUGAAACCGAUAUGAAAUCCAAUAAAGCACUCUUUAGUGUACCACAUACAUUGGCAUCCUAUUAUAAGGACAUUAACAAUUUGAUGAUGUUAAGUAGUUAUGGUCCAGCCAAGACAUUCACUUUUAAGAGAUUACAAUUGUUGGAAUCCAAAUUCAAUAUGCAUACACUCUUAAAUGACUCUUUGGAAUUAUUUCAACAAAAAACUGCACCCCAUAGAGAUUUCUAUAAUGUUAGAAAGGUUGAUACUCACGUUCAUCACUCCUCCUCUAUGAACCAAAAACAUCUAUUAAAAUUCAUCAAAAGAAAGUUAAAAGAGAAUCCAAAUGAAAUUGUAAUUUUCCGUGAUGAUAAAUAUUUAACUUUAGCUGAAGUUUUUAAAAGUUUAAAUUUAGAUGUUGAUGAAUUAAGUGUUGAUACUUUAGAUGUUCAUGCCGAUAAUAAUACAUUCCAUAGAUUUGAUAAAUUUAAUUUAAAAUAUAAUCCAUGCGGACAGAGUAGAUUAAGAGAAAUCUUUUUAAAGACAGAUAAUUUAAUAAAGGGUAAAUAUUUAGCAGAGAUUAGUAAAGAGGUAUUUACAGAUUUAGAGUCAUCGAAAUAUCAAUGUGCUGAAUAUCGUUUAUCAAUCUAUGGUAGAAAGAUGAGUGAAUGGGAUACAUUAGCAUCAUGGAUCGUUGAUAAUGAUUUAUUCUCAACCAAAGUUCGUUGGUUAAUUCAAGUACCAAGAUUAUAUGAUGUCUAUAGAGAGACCUCCACAACAACUUUCCAAGACUUUUUAAAUAACGUUUUCCAUCCAUUAUUCGAAGUUACCAAAGAUCCAUCAUCUCAUCCAAAGUUACAUUUAUUCCUUCAACAAGUGGUUGGUAUAGAUUGUGUCGAUGAUGAAUCAAAGUUUGAAAAGAAGUUCACCGAGAAAUUCCCUGUACCUGGCGAAUGGUCAUCAGAGCAUAAUCCACCAUACACCUAUUAUCUCUACUAUCUCUAUGCAAAUCUUUACACUUUGAAUCAAUUUAGAGAGGAGAAGGGAUUGAAUAUUCUCACACUUAGACCACAUAGUGGUGAAGCUGGUGAGGUCGAUCACAUGGGUGCCGCUUUCUAUUUGGCUCAUGGCAUCAAUCAUGGUAUUAAUCUUCGUAAGACACCAGUAUUACAAUAUCUCUACUAUCUAACUCAAAUCGGUAUUGCAAUGUCACCCCUCUCAAAUAAUUCCCUCUUCCUAACCUAUAAUCGUAAUCCUUUCCCAGCUUUCUUUGCUCGUGGUUUAAAUGUUUCAAUCUCUACCGAUGAUCCACUUCAAUUCCAUUACACUAAAGAACCUUUAAUGGAGGAAUACAGUAUUGCAACUCAAGUUUGGAGAUUAUCAGUUUGCGAUAUUUGUGAAAUCGCUAGAAACUCAGUACUUCAAAGUGGUUUCGAACAUAAUGUAAAAUCUCAUUGGUUAGGUCCAGACUAUGCAAACUCUGGUGGUAAUGAUAUCAAAAAGACAAACAUUAGUGAUAUUCGUGUUUGCUUUAGAAAUGAAACCCUCAUUGAGGAAUUACAUUUAAUCUUAAAAUCACUUCAAACUUUACCAAACUUUAAAAAUUUAAAUAUUAAUUUCUUAUUGGAUAAAUUACCAUCAGAAAUUACAACUGGCAAUGAUUAUAAAUUGAAAAAAGCUCAACUAAAAUUAAAUGGUGCUAAUAAAUUAAGAAAUUCUUCAGUUGGUUCAACUCCUAAUAAUGGUACUCCUUCUAGUUCUGGUACUCCAUCAUUAAGUAGUCCUGGUGCUAUUGUUCAUUUAAUGAAAACUAAACCUUAUAUUCCACCACCUUUAUCUUUAAAUAUUAAACAAGAAAAUAAUAAUAAUAAUAAUAAUAAUAAUAAUAAUAAUAAUAAUAAUAAUAAUAAUAAUACUAAUACUAAUACAAAUAGUAAUAGUACUACUACUAAUCAAGAUGAUAAUUCAAAAUCUGAUAAAUAA